GUUGUCGGGGACAAGUCCGACACCCUUGGCUCUGCUGCCUCGGGCAAGAAGAGAGGUGGAGGACAGAAGAAGCAGAUGCAAGCCAAUAAAUCUGCUCUCCGAGCUCCUCGAGCGCUCUGCUGCCUCACCCUCAGUAACCCCAUCCGCAUGGCUGCCCUGGCCCUUGUUGAAUGGAAAUAUCCUUCAAUGAUGAUACCUUUUGAUAUUUUCAUUCUACUUGCUAUCUUUGCCAACUGUGUGGCCCUGGGUGUAUCUAAACCCUUCCCAGAGGAGGACUCCAAUUCCACCAACCACAACCUGGAACAAGUAGAGUACAUCUUCCUAGUUAUCUUUACCAUUGAGACCUUCACUAAGAUCCUGGCCUAUGGCUUGGUUAUGCACCCCAGCGCCUACAUCCGCAGUGGCUGGAAUUUGCUUGAUUUUGUCAUCGUCGUCGUCGGGUUGUUCAGUGUGGUUGCUGAGGGGACGGCUGACCACAAGCCUGGAGAUUCCCAUCAUGCAGCAGGCAAACCAGGAGGACUGGAUGUUAAAGCUCUUAGAGCCUUUAGGGUGCUGCGACCCCUUAGGCUGGUGUCUGGAGUGCCCAGUCUCCAGAUUGUCUUGAACUCCAUCAUGAAAGCCAUGGUUCCCCUGCUGCACAUUGGUCUGCUGGUCAUGUUUGUCAUCAUCAUCUAUGCCAUCAUUGGCCUGGAGCUCUUCCUCGGCAGAAUGCACAAGACCUGUUUCUACGUGGGCACAGAACUGAACGUGGAUGAUGACCCCACACCGUGUGCAUUUGCUGGAAACGGGCGGGAAUGUGUUGGCAAUGGGACAGAGUGCAGAGGACCGUGGGAGGGGCCUAACGGUGGGAUCACCAACUUCGACAACAUAUUUUUUGCCAUGUUGACUGUGUUCCAGUGUAUCACCAUGGAGGGCUGGACCGAUGUGCUCUACUGGAUGAAUGAUGCAAUUGGCUUUGAGAUGCCCUGGGUCUACUUUGUCUCUCUGGUCAUCUUUGGCUCGUUUUUCGUACUCAACCUUGUAUUGGGAGUGUUGAGCGGAGAGUUCUCCAAGGAAAGAGAGAAGGCUGUGGCUCGUGGAGAGCUGCAGGACGCCCAGAAUAAGAAGCAGAUGGAGGAGGAUAUGUGUGGCUACAUGGACUGGCUCAUCGAGGCCGAGGAUGUGGAUGAGGAAGGAAACAAACGUGCUGCUGUUGCCAAGAAGAAAAUGAUGAAGAAGUUUGGCUGGUAUAAACACAGCGAGGACGGAGGUGAAUCGGAUUCAGACUCUGAAUUUGGAGCAUAUUUAGAUGACGACAAUGGCUGCUGCGCAUCUCUAAUGGCUAAAAUGAUGGCCAACAGUUUCUGUGACCAGCUAUGCCAACUGAACCACGCCUUUCGGAAAAACUGUCGUGUAGCAGUCAAAUCCCAGAACUUCUAUUGGCUGGUGCUUCUUCUGGUUUUUCUCAACACUGCAGCCAGCGCCUCUGAACACUACGGCCAGCCCAAGUGGCUCACCGAGAUGCAGGAGCGGGCCAAUAAGAUCCUGUUGAUGUUGUUCACGCUGGAGAUGCUGUUGAAGAUGUACAGUUUUGGUUUCCAGAUCCACUUCUUGGCUCUGUUUAACCGCUUCGACUGCUUUGUGGUGUGUGGUGGCAUCCUGGAGACGGUCCUGGUUGAGUUGCAGAUCAUCCCUCCCAUCGGCAUCUCUGUGCUGCGCUGCGUCCGCCUGCUCAGGGUGUUCAAAGUGACACGGCACUGGGCAGCCCUGUCAAACCUGGUCAAUUCGCUGCUCAACUCCAUGAAGGCUAUCUGCUCUCUACUGCUCCUGCUCUUCCUCUUCCUAAUCAUCUUCUCCCUGCUGGGUAUGCAGCUGUUUGGGGGUAAAUUCAACUUUGAUGAGACUCAGAUGAAGAGGAGCACAUUUGACACUUUCCCCCAGGCCCUGCUCACCUGCUUCCAGAUCCUUACAGGAGAGGACUGGAAUGCAGUGAUGUAUGAUGGGAUCAUGGCUUAUGGCGGGCCAGUCUUCCCACAGAUGAUCGUGUGCAUCUACUUUGUCUCCCUCUUUGUUGUCGGUAACUAUAUCCUGCUCAAUGUCUUCUUGGCUAUCGCUGUGGACAACUUGGCAGGAGAUGGUGGAAAAAAGAAAGUAGAAGAGAAAAAGGAGGAGGAAGAGGACUGGGACGAUGACGAAGACAAAGAGGAAGAUGCAGCGAAUGAGAUGGAUGACUGGGAGGAGAAUGAGGAGUUGAGAGCCAUUGAGGGUCUGGAGGGAAUUAUGCCUGUGAAGCCUGAAUCCGCUCCAAAAGAGAAGAUUGAACCCAUUCCAGAUGGUAGCUCCUUCUUCAUUCUUGGAAAGAGAAACUGCCUCCGAGUGGCCUGUCACAACCUCAUCCACCACUCCUACUUCACCAACCUCAUCCUUGUCUUCAUCAUCGCCAGUAGCAUUUCUCUGGCUGCUGAGGAUCCAAUCAGAGCUCACUCCUUUAGGAACAACAUGCUUGGCUAUGCUGACUAUGCAUUCACCUCCAUAUUCACUGUGGAAAUUAUAUUGAAGGUGACAGUUUUUGGUGCGUUCCUUCAUCCCGGAUCGUUCUGUAGGAAUGCCUUUAACCUUCUGGACCUACUGGUUGUCAGUGUGUCGCUCGCGUCCUUCUUCCUCCAUUCCAGCGCUAUCUCUGUGGUCAAGAUUUUCAGGGUACUCAAAGUGCUCAGGCCUCUUCGAGCAAUCAACAGAGCCAAAGGACUCAAGAAUGUAGUGCAGUGCGUGUUUGUGGCAAUCAAAACAAUCGGAAACAUCUUGAUCGUCACAACGCUCCUCCAGUUCAUGUUUGCUUGUAUUGGAGUGCAGCUCUUCAAGGGAAGAUUCUACAGUUGCACUGAUGAAGCUAAACACACUCCAUAUGAGUGCAUGGGAACAUUUGUGGUGUAUAAGGACGGUGAUAUGAAUCACCCUAUGGUGAGAGAGAGGAAAUGGCAAAACAGUGAAUUCAACUUUGACAAUGUGCUGCAGGGCAUGCUGGCCCUGUUCACUGUGUCUACAUUUGAAGGCUGGCCGCAGCUGCUGUACAAGGCCAUCGACGCCAAUGCAGCAAACCAUGGCCCUAUUUACAACUACCGUGUGGAAAUCUCCAUAUUCUUCAUCAUCUACAUCAUCAUCAUCGCCUUCUUCAUGAUGAACAUCUUCGUGGGCUUCGUCAUCAUCACGUUCCGUGAACAGGGAGAAUCUGAGUUCAAAAACUGUGAACUGAACAAAAAUCAAAGACAAUGUGUACAGUACGCUCUGAAAGCCAAGCCCAUCAAGAUCUACAUUCCCAGAAACCCAUCCCAGCUAAAGUUCUGGAAAAUCAUCGCCUCCAGCCAGUUUGAGUACAUCAUGUUUGUCUUAAUUCUUCUCAACACCCUCACCUUGGCUGUGCAGCACUAUGAGCAGUCUAAAACAUUCAACUCUGUGAUGGACAUCCUCAACUUGAUCUUCACAGCCCUAUUUACCAUAGAGAUGGUCAUCAAGCUACUGGCUCUCAGAACACAUCAAUAUUUCAUUGAUGCUUGGAACACCUUUGAUGCUCUGAUAGUUGUGGGCAGUGUGCUAGACAUCAUGGUCUCAGAGCUUAGUGUGACCGUACCUGGAGCUCCACCCGGGGCCAAGAAGGAAAGCGGAAAAGUAUCCAUCACAUUCUUCCGUUUGUUCCGAGUCUUGCGAUUGGUCAAGCUGCUCAGCAAAGGGGAGGGCAUUCGAACCCUCCUCUGGACUUUUGUCAAGUCCCUCCAGGCCUUGCCAUAUGUCGGUCUCCUUAUUGCUAUGAUCUUCUUCAUCUACGCUGUGAUCGGCAUGCAGACAUUUGGAAAGAUUGCUAUAGAUGACAACUCACAUAUCAACAGGAACAACAACUUUCAGACCUUCUUCAUGUCUGUCCUACUGCUCUUCAGGUGUGCAACCGGAGAGCAGUGGCAGGAGAUCAUGUUGGCAGCAUUGCCAGGGAGACGCUGUGACCCUGAGUCAGACUUUGAGCCCGGGGAGGAGAGCAUGUGCGGCAGCAACCUGGCCUACAUCUACUUCAUCAGCUUCUUCAUGCUCUGCGCUUUCCUGAUCAUUAACUUGUUCAUUGCUGUCAUCAUGGACAACUUUGAGUACCUGACCAGGGAUUGGACCGUACUGGGUACUCAUCACCUGGACGAGUUCAAACGAGUCUGGUCGGAUUAUGACCCAGAGGCCACGGGUCGAAUCAAACAUAUCGAUGUGGUCACUAUGCUGCGCAGGAUCCAGCCACCCCUUGGUUUUGGCAAACUGUGCCCCCAUCGUGUGGCCUGCAAGAGGCUGGUUGCUAUGAACGUGCCGCUGCACAGUGAUGGGACAGUGACCUUCAACGCUACCCUGUUUGCGCUGGUCAGAACCUCACUCAAGAUCAAGACUGACGGUCCCGUUGACCAGGACAACGAGGAGCUCAGGGCCAUCAUUAAGAAGAUAUGGAAGCGCACUAAACCCAAGCUCCUUGAAGAGGUCAUUCCACCCCCUAGAGGGGAAGAGGUCACUUGUGGGAAGUUCUAUGCCAGCUUCUUGAUCCAGGACUACUUUAAGAAGUUCCGCAAGAGGAAGGAGCGGGAGAGGAAGAAGAAGGGAAAGGACAAGAAAGACUCUCUCCAGGCAGGGCUACGGUCACUGCAGGCACUGGCCCCAGAGUUGCAUCUGGCCUUGGCAAUGGAGGGAGAGGAGGAGGAGGGUAUGGAGGGAGAGUUGGACGAAGAGUUUUUCAAAAAUGAAAAUGUUUUUGAAGAUCCAGGCACCUCUGCCACCAAUACUUCAUCCACCACUCCCAUACCAGCUGACAUGGAGGAGCCCACCACCACCGUUUUCAUGGAUCCCUUCGUUGAGCCCACUAUAUUCAGCGACGUGGUCACAGAACAGCCAUUAACAGCCAGUGAGAGAUCAGAAUCAGCUCUGUCAUCCUUUGAUGUGGUGAUUGAACAGCCAACGAGAUCUGAGGCCCUCCUUCCACCAGAAGAAGCGCCAGCCCCAUCCCCGCCCCUCCCAGCCCCAGCCACAUCACCACCAAAAGAUCCAUCCCCUCCCCAACCAGCACCGAACCCAUCCCCACCACAGGCCCCAUCCCCUCCCCAACCAGCACCAGCCCCACCCCCACCACAGGUUGCUUCUCCGCCACAAAUGGUUGCCCAAUCCCAACCUCAAAUAGUGGUAGCCCCACCAGAACCAGAGGCAGCUCAAAUAGUGUUAGAGGCAGCCGCUGCCCCACCUCAAACAGAUCCAGUGAUGGAGGGAAGAGGAGAUGAAACUUACGCUGCACAGCAGGUGUACUACCAACAGUACCCAGUGGGCAUGCUAACAAACGACAGGUAUGCGUAUCAAGAGCAACCUGCAGCAUCCCAUAUCCCACCAGAGUACAUGCAGAGUCAUGCUCCUAACUUCACCAAUGGGAGUGUUGCAGGAGUACCCUAUGGAAAUGGCAUGAAUGGGAAUGGCUACAAUGGCGUUAUGAAUGGUAUGAAUGGAGUUAGCAUGAGUGGCUACACUGGCAAUGGUUACAUAGGAAAUGGCUACAAUGGCAACGGAUUGGAGCCGUAUGUCCGGAGACGUGUUCUUCCUCCCACUCCUGCAGGUCGUAAGCCGCCCUCCUUUAACAUCCAGUGUCUGCGGGCACAGCAUAGCGCGGGUGACAUCCCCAUCCCUGGCACAUAUGAGAGUAACUCGCCCCCAUGCAGAUCUAGACUGACCCUUGACUCCCGCCGCAGCAGUGUCUCCUCCAUGUCCUCGGCCUCCUGGGCCAACAAUGGAGGAGGACCUGCAGGGUCAAUGCCAGGUGCAGGGGUGUCAGCAACAUCAGCAGCAGCCGCAAAGAGAGGGCGUCUGCUCUACGCCCCUCUGAUGCUGGUGGAUGAGGCCGGGGGCACCCAGCAGCUGUGGGGAGACAGGACCCAGGCCACCUCCAGCCUCCCUGCUGUUGCAACUAGGCCCAGUGGCUGGUACCCUGGAGCCCCAACACUCCCCAUGCACACGCCCCAGAACAGGAGCUACACCAACGGCAGAGUGCCCUCCCAGAUCAGCCAAAGACUCAUAGAGAAGGGCAGUGCAAACAGCCUGGUGGAGUCAAUCCUGAUAUCGGAAGGCUUGGGCCUCUAUGCAAGAGACCCAAAGUUUGUGAACUUCGCCAAGCGGGAGAUCGCUGACGCAUGUAACAUGACCAUUGAUGAGAUGGAGAACGCAGCCACAGAUCUGCUGACCCGUUCUACUGGACAGCCAAUAGGACGCUUCGAGGAGGAGUUGGCAGAUGAGAUGAACUGUGUGAUUUCCUACUGAGAGAGAGGAAACAGAGAGGGAGGGGGAGGGAGGGAGAGUUGGAGGGCAAUGAGAUAGAGUCUUACCUCUUUGUCUCCAUCAACAUGGGGGGUAAGAAUGCUGUCGCAAGCUAUUGAUCUUAGAAAACGGUCUAUAUCUCUUUAAUCAUGCUAUUUUUCUUUUCCAGAUCUUCUCAGUUAAUUUGGCUUUGUUGAAAGCAUCAGUGUGUCUUGAACAAGAGUCUGAAAGAACCAUUGUGAAUUAGACAGCAUAUACAGUACAGAGCCGAACUAUUGAGGUUUGGCCUCAAUACUCUUUACACAUUAUUGUAAUGUACUAUAGCCUGCCGAACAUGAUUGCAAUUCGUAUUCUACUCUGAAGUAGUUUAUCGCUAUUUUCAAAAGCGGCAUUUUUGGAUUGUAUUUCCAUUUUUGGUACUGUUUAAGAAUUGCUGUCACUUAUACACCCAAAUCAUACAAUAACCCUGCUAGGGCCAUAAAAACAUAUUAACAGCUGGCAUAAAUCAAAUAAAAAAAUAAGAAAUACAGUACCUGUCUAUAGUGCAAGUGAGCUCCAGUUGUAACCGUAGAUAAUGAAAAUGGGUUUAUGUGUGUAAUGUCAGAUGCCCAGUGAAGCAUUAGCAUAGCAUUAACAGUAGACUUUUGAACCAUAUCAAAUUAAAUCAACAGAAACCCCAAAGAAGAUUCUCAUGACCGUCAUGUUAAUGGUUCCUCUCUAGGUUUCUUCCUAGGUUCCUGCCUUUCUAGGGAGUUUUUCCUAGCCACUGUGCUUCUACAUCUGCAUUGCUUGCUGUUUGGGGUUUUAGGCUGGGUUUCUGUAUACCACUUGGUGACAACUGCUGAUGUAAAAGGGGCUUUAUAAAAUACAUUUGAUUGAUUUAUUGAUUUAUCUCCCUCAGUGAGAAACUUUGAAAUAGUAUUUAUGUACGUAUAUGGUUAACCGGAACGCAACUUGUAAAUGUAAUAAUAACAAUUGUUAGAUUUAUUUUAUUGUGACUGCUAACACUUUGAACUGUCAGGUAUUUGUGUGUACAGUAAUAAAGUGUCAUGUACUUUU